AUGGGCCUGAGCCAACUCUUCAAGGCAACACAGGCUCCGUCAUCGCCUCUGGUAAACCUGCCACAACCAGAGCUUAUGUCGGAUCGUCCAUCACCCGACAUACCUAUGCAACAUACUCGCUUAAUCAAAAAUGUAUCGUCGCCAUUGGUGCAGUUUGCACGUGAAUCUUCGGAGCCGAACAUGAAUUAUAUCUCUAUGCAGGAAUCGCAAAGCCGACGGGAUCGGACACUGGGUGAGCGCCUGACUCGGUCGGCUGAUCAUGUAUCGGAUCCUCUAGAUCUGGAAUUUGAUAAGGAAUCGAGUUUUGUUGAAAAUGCCCGUCGUCAGCGGGAGAUAGACCAAGACACAACAGCUCAGUUUGCUGCCCUGAACGCGCCUUCGUCCACAUCUCAUGCCCGAACUACUUCACUAGGAUCUUUGCAUGACAACACCGACGUACCUCAGUCCCAGGAGGUCCCACCAUCCUCGGAAGAAGACAAAGAAAACUAUGCGGGCCCACUUGACGCUGUUGUUGGUACGAGUAGUGCUCAUGAACGAUUAUCCCAAGUCCUUGCUAUGGGGGGCACUUCAUCAUCUCGAGUUGAGGAGAGCGUGGAGGGUGCGAACGAAUCCCAUCACGAUGCAGCAGACAUGCAUGAAGAAGGUCACCACUACCCUAGUCGUUCCUCACAGAUAAUGGUCAUGGACUCGCAACAAUCCCAACAGCCAUCGCCAAAGCGAAGCAAUGAAACUAAGCUCGACACAGUGCUCGAGGUAGCCCAUGGUUCGCGCAGUUCUGAUGAAGCACGAACUCCUCCGCCAGUCAGAUAUCGUGAACAAUCAUCGCCGCCGAUUCCCCGGCCUAUUCCUAGCCCAUUGACUCCAAUGCCAGGCUCAGCAAUCCGCAAAGAGCAAGGUCAACCUAACGAUACAUCGUUCAAGGAGAAUAGACUUGUCCAGUUCAAUCAAUAUUCAAACCAAGCCAAAUCAGGAUCGCAGCCCUACAAAGCCCAGAGCGGGGCAGGGGAUAAACCAUCAUCACUGCCUUCUCGCAUUACAGAAACUCCUGUACACCUGCGUCCAGCAGUCCAUGAUCUGGCUCGGCUGACGAGGAUUCCCGAAACCAGCCCGAGCAAGACCCAUAAUAAUGAAUUUGAUAUGGAGUCCAACCCGGGUGCCAACGAGAAUGAGGACGACGAUCUUCCUCCGAUGUUUCCAAGAGGCUCGCAGCGAUUCAGUCAAAUCCGGCCUUCCCAAAACCGUGCACUUUCUUCUCCUCUCAAAGUUCUACAGUCUCAAGCAGUGCCGCAAGUACUGUCUAGCCCAAGUGGCAGACAGCGCCGGCGGCUUACUGAGAUUGCCUCUGAAUGUUCCCCAAUCGGAGAUUUCAAAAUGACUGACAUCAACAUGGAAUUUUUGACGGCCGAUGAUGAAGAGUUCAACUCGCUCGUCAUUGAUGGAUCUCCGACUCGACCUCGAAAGAGGCGAAGAGGCAAUUUAGGGCAGAGCCUCCAUACUUCAGAUCUCGAUUUUGCCACGCCUCGCCCUCCAAAGACGGUUGCACCAAUCCAUGAGAAUCCUUUGUCGCAGAAUGCACCUUCUCCAAUAUCUCAAGUCCCCGCUACGACAGUUCGCAAGCAAGCAAAUGUGUCUCGGCGUGACGAUAAUGUUUGGGAUGUUGGAAGCUCCCCACAACAGCCAAUCCCACGACGAAAGUCAAGACAUCGCACAAUGAAUAACUCCCGUCAAUCGGAGCGGCAUCGACUGGAAGAACAUCGUGCCCCUCUGCAAAAGACAGAUGUAAAAACCCGGGCUCCCACGCAACUGGUCGCUAUGGAUAACUCCGAACCUCGAGCUCAACGCCCUCCGUCUCAGAUUUCUCAAUCGGAAACAAGGCCUGAGCCUGAGACCGAGCAUGAACCUGAACCCGAACCCGAACCCAAACCCGAGCCUGAGCCUGAACCUCAGACCACGCAAGCUUCAGAGGGCACAGAUAUCAACUCCGAUGAUCUACCACCCUCUGAUAGUAUUCUGCCAUUUGGAAGCCACGUUGGCAGCAGUCCUCCUACGACCCCUAGCCGUGUCCGGAUCACUUCUGACAGCGCCCAAAUUGCCCCCAGGCAAGUACUUGCAAUAUGGAUGGGUCAAAAGCGAGCGUACUACCCAGCCACCUGCUUCGGUACACCUAUUGGUGUGUCGCAAGACAAAUAUUCUGUCAAGUUCGAAGAUAGCCUUCCUGUUGAUGUAGUGAAAGGAAUGGUGAAGCGACUCGAGUUCCGCGUCGGAGACGCAGUCAAAGUUGAUAUGCGGGGUGUGCCCAAGGUCACCCAUAUCGUGCGUGGCUUUGCCGACAAAGUUACGAGAGAAGAACUGGCUCAAGCUGCAGAGUCUGGUUUUUACCCUCAAACAGAUGUUUAUGGCCACAAAAGCCUCAUCCUUGGGCCAAAGCAACGCAAAAGCCUUCCGAACGGCGGCCUCAACUCUAGUGAGAAUGUGAUCACAGUUCCCAUUUCUCGUAUUUAUCUGGACUCUAUUCUGUGGAAUCAGCUGAAAGACAAUGCCUUCACAUUCCAGCCGGAGAUGAAUCCAAAAGAGAGCUCCGUCCACUCGCCGUCCGAAAAGUCCUCUCUUCCGGCUUCUCCUAGCGUCAGAUUCUCUCGCGCAGUACAGUCCGCUGGUGGACUAUUCACAAACAUGGCAUUUGCAAUAUCUUACAAGGAAGAUGAACGCGCCAAGAAUCGCAUCACGAAGUUGAUUACCGACAACGGUGGAUCGAUUUUGCACGACGGUUUUACCGAGCUAUUUGAACCCUCGUCUAUCUUCCCGUCCAACACACCAACGAAAGGGAAUUCCACAAGCAACGACAGACCCACUGGUCUUCAACUAACCUCCCUCGCUGAAAACAUCGGAUUCUCAUGUCUGAUAGCCGACUCCCAUUCCCGCCGCGAGAAGUAUAUGCAAGCUCUCGCCCUCGGUCUCCCUUGUCUGAGCGGCCGUUGGGUCGAAGACUGUGUGGCCAAAGGCCAAAUCCUCGAAUGGGACAUCUAUCUUCUCCCGGCAGGAGACUCGAUGUACCUCAACGGUGCCACGAAGUCCCGCGUCAUGAACAUCUCUUCCCCCGUCGACGCUCUCCUGCCCAACACCAUCGCCUCCAGGUCCAAGCUCCUAGAUGGCCAGUCCGUGCUGAUCGUUACGGGCCGAGGAAAGGCGGAAGAAAAGCGCAAGGCAUAUAUUUUUCUCACUUACGCCCUCGGAGCGUCACGCGUGGAACGCGUGCCCGAUCUCGAGACCGCCCGCGCGUUGGUCGAAUCGCAGUCUGAGACUUCUCUGCCCUGCCCCUGGGAUCUAAUCUAUGUUGAUGACGCAGAUCAGCCUGCUGCGCAGGUGAUGUUGACGCCUCGGUCUAAGACCCAGCGGAUCAGCCUGUCGCAUGGAAAGGCGGGGAGGAAGCGCAAGAAGUCAUCAGCAUUGUUUCCGUUGAAUUCGGAGGAAGUCACACCGGUGGCGCCUCCGGCAAGAGUUGUUGGGAACGAAUUUGUGUGCCAGAGUCUGAUUCUUGGCCGGCUUGUGUUUGACUGA